CACUCAGGUGUCAACUGAUCAUCUGAUGACAUAUUUACUAGAGGUAAUCCUGUCACACCUGGCCUUAACCUGUGCUUCACUUCUGGCCACUCUCGCUGUCAUCCGAUGGUACAUCAGAGAUUCCUGCAAGGUUGAUGGCUUCAACCAGAAGCAUGUGUUCAUCACAGGUUGUGACAGUGGCUUUGGGAAUCUGCUGGCCAGGCAGCUGGAUGGAAAAUGCUUCCACGUCAUAGCUGCAUGUCUCACAGAGAAAGGUGCAACAGAUUUGGCAGCAGCAGCCUCCCCCAGACUGAAGACUCUCCUGCUGGCUGUUACAGACAGUGUGAACAUCAGGAGGGCGGUGGAGUUUGUGAGCGAAGAGGUCAGAGAGCGAGGUCUGUGGGGUCUGGUGAACAACGCCGGCAGGUUGAUACCUUUUGAUCGAACUGAAUGGAUGCAGUUGGAAGAUUUCUCUAAGGUUCUGGAUGUGAAUCUGAUCGGCCUCAUUGAUGUGACGCUCCAGUUUCUGCCCCUGCUGAAAAAGAGCCAGGGUAGGGUGGUUAAUAUGACCAGUCUUCUGGGCAGAGUGGCUCUCAUUGGUGGAGGAUACUGCCUGUCCAAAUUUGGAGUGGAGGCCUUCUCAGACAGCCUCAGGAGGGACAUGCAGCAUUUUGGCAUCAAAGUGAGCAUUAUCGAGCCUGGUUUCUUCAAGACAGAUAUCUCCAGGCCGGAUGCUGUUCAAGCUGACCUGAGGAGACUGUGGACCCACCUCCCUCAAGAUGCCAAAGACUCAUAUGGAGACACAUUCUUUGAUGACUAUGUGAAUGCCAAGGGCCUCUCCAUGGGCGUGAGCAAUUCAGAUCUCUCCAAGGUGACCAGGUGUAUGGAGCAUGCACUGACAGCUCGCUUCCCACGCACACGUUAUAGUGCGGGCUUUGAUGCCAAGUUUAUUUGGAUUCCUCUGUCCUACUUCCCUUCAUUUGUGACAGACUUUAUUGUCGUUGGGCAUCUUAGUUUUCCUAAGAAUAAAAGAAAUGUCAGUUGA